AGCUAAAUGCACAAUAAAAAGAAGAAAUAUCUUAUAAAAAGUGACUCAAAUGGAGGAAAAUAUAUGAUAAAUCUCAGAAGAUCUUCCGAUUUUGCUAAUUAUAAACCAGAACAACCUUCUAUCAAAAUAAAUAUAAUAGGAUCUUCAAAUCCUUUCUAUAAAGAAAAGAGUCGAAUAAACUCAGAAUGAGACAAAGAGAGCUUGAUAGUUAAUAAAUCGGCCUCUCAUCUUACACCUGAAAAGAAUUGAUUCAGUUCUUCAAAGCCUAAGAAAGAUAACGUAGUAGUAAUAACCUCUAAAGUUGCCUCGAAAAAUUCAUCUGCAAUUCAGAUAGAUCUAAAAGAGCCAAGCUCUUGGAAAGAUGAGCAUAAAGGAGAGUUAGAGGCUAAUGCUAUACUUGAUCUUAAAUAAAACGGGAUGGAAAGAGUUAAAAUCACAACUAAAUUUAUAUAGCCAAAUAAAAGGCAUCCACCAAGAUGUAAAAGAGCUUCCUUCAGAUUUAAAAUUUAAAUCAAAGCCGAUUGUUAAGUGCAGGACAAAGAAAAUUCAAAAACACUUAAAAGAAAAGAGAGCAAACACCUCAAGGUUUAAGUCCUCAGAUCCUCAUUGCAAAAGCAAUAUGGGAUAUCUGGGAGGUAAAGAGCUGACUACCCUUGCUCAGCCUUUUGCUAUGCCUAAAGGAACUCAAAAUGUACCCUUCAGAGAAAUUCUGAGACUAAAAUACUUCUUCAAAGAUUUAAAGAAAAUGAAUAAAAAUAAAACUGCUAAUAACCAAGCUUCUAGAAAUAGAGUAUUUGCUGCUUAUAUCCCUAAGCAGAUAGAUUCUCCCCCGAAAAUAAAUCAGUAUAAUCAAGUUCCCAAGAGGCGUACUCUUGUUGAAAAUAUUAUGCUGAAGGAUAUGAACUAUAAUGAACAGAGGGUAACUGAAGACAACAAUACCCCUUCUGCACAUAAAUAAACUAGCAGCUAAAAUAUCCAAACCUGUAAGAUCUCAGACCAGAGCAUCUCAUAGCGGCUUUCCACAAAGAAAUUCUAUCGGGGCUCUCAAGAUGUUUACUCCUAGAAAAUUGAUAAAAGCAUCCAAUAAGGAUGCUUCUUCUGAGAAAAAUCCAAAAUGGAAGCAAUUUAUAGAGAAAAAUAGCAAAAAUAAUCCUGAACAGCUUUCUCUCCAAAGUAUCUUGCAAUCUAAUAAAGAGAAAUAAAGCACCUGGAUAUAGAUUCUUACCUGAUGUUUCAUCAGAUUCUUUCCAAAAUGAAUAUUUGAAUACGAAAAUGAUAAAGAAAAGGCUGAAUACAUCCAGCAAUAAAUUUUAUCAUACAGGGGAAAAGUUUAGCACCAGUCAUGCUAAGAUUGAUCCAAUGAUGAUUAAUACCUCAAGAAUAUCACAGGCUAGUAAGACUAGCAUUGAGUUUAUUAUUUCACAGAAUAAGCAGUUGUUGAGCAAAAGAAUUAACUCUAAUGUUCAAAAUACAAGGAAUUCAUAUUCCACUAUCAAUUAGAUUAAAUUAUUUCAACUCAUUG